AUGUGGGGACACACGCAGGGCACACCCACGGUGAACCAGGGGAACAUGCCAGGCAUCCAGAGCACCUUCCUGGCCAUGGACACGGAGGAGGGCGUGGAGGUGGUUUGGAACGAGCUGCUCUUCACUGACAAGAAGGCCUUCAAAGCACACGAGGAGAAGAUCAAGACCAUGUUUGAGCAGCUGGUGCUGGUGGAUCACCCCAACAUUGUCAAGCUCCACAAGUACUGGCUGGAUGUGAAGGACUUGAAGGCACGGGUCAUCUUCAUCACAGAGUAUGUGUCCUCAGGGAGCCUGAAGCAGUUCCUGAAGAAAACAAAGAAAAACCACAAGGCCAUGAAUGCAAGGGCCUGGAAACGCUGGUGCACCCAGAUCCUCUCUGCUCUCAGGUAAGCUCUGCACCCCCUGCCCCGGCCCCCCUGCUGCUCUGGGGGUGCUGACACACCCCGAAUCCCCCCACCCAAACUUGGGGUGCCCCCCUGUGCCGGGGGGGCCGCGGUGCUGAAGGUUCCCCCCCCAGCCCUGCCCGACGACCUGCGCAGCCCCAUCAGGAUCGAGAGGGAGGAGCAGCGCAACCUGCACUUCUUCCCCCCGGAGUACGGCUAGCGGGCUGACGGGACAGCUGUGGACAUCUUCUCCUUCGGGAUGUGUGCGCUGGAGAUGGCCGUGCUGGAGAUCCAGACCAAUGGGGACACGCGGGUCUCGGAGGAGGCCAUCAUGAGGGCACGACAUUCCCUGGAUGAUCCCAACAUGCGGGAGUUCAUCCUGUCCUGCUUGACCCUCAACCCGGACAAGCGACCCACGGCCAACAACCUGCUGUUCCACCGGGUGCUGUUCGAGGUGCACUCCCUCAAGCUGCUGGCUGCUCACUGCUUCAUCAACCACCAGUAUCUGAUGCCAGAGAAUGUGGUGGAAGAGAAGAUAAAGGAGCUGGACCUGAACAUGGUGAUGGCAGAGAUACGGAGAGGGGGCCAGCCUGGAGCACAGUGGAGGUACUCAGAGGUUUCCUUCCUUGAACUCGACAAGUUCUUAGAAGAUGUCAGGAAUGGGAUUUAUCCUCUGAUGAACUUCGCCGUUUCCAGACCUCACGCCCUCCCACGUGCCCUCUCCCAGCCCCCAGAGGACCCUCAGAAAGCCAAGACUCCCACCCCAGAGCCCUUUGAUGUGGAGACCAGGAAGGUGGUGCAGAUGCAGUGUAACAUGGAGCUGAACGAGGACAAGACCCAGUGGCACCUCACCCUGCUGCUGAUCCUGGAGGACAAGCUGCACCGACAGCUCAGCUACGACCUGCUGCCCACUGAUAACUCCAAGGACUUGGCCACAGAGCUGGUGCACUAUGGCUUCAUCCAUGAGGACGACUGUGAGAAGCUGGCCAACUUCCUGGAGAGUGCCUUCCACAAGCACCGCUCCCCGCCCGUGUGA